UCACAUACCUAUUUGCCACGAAUAAAAAUUCAAUCAGAAAUUGCCGAAUACGUGCUAUUGCUUGGUCUAAAAGUUGAUUCACUAAUGAUUUUAAGGAGUUGGUGACGCAGAAUUCGAAUAGUUUCAUUUUAUCGAGCUUUUCAGGGGUUUCAAAAUGAAAUCCCCAAGCAUGGCUCAUCUCAUACCUUUGGCAGCAAUAUGCAUUAUUUCCACUCUAAACCAAAUCUCGUGCAAAGACAAUUCAGCCCAAGACUUCAUCGAACUAACCAAACAACCGUAUUUCGUCGACCACUCCGAACUAAUGAGGUACUUCUACGAAGACUCCUUUUUCACCACAGCUUUCGUCUCGUGUCCUCGAGGUUUUGGUAAAACAAUCAAUCUGCAAAUGAUUCAACUCUUCAACGACCUCGAAUUAGACUCGAACCAUAAACCUAAACCGAUGAACGAUACACAGGCUUAUAAAAUCUUCUCCAAAUUGGCCGUCGGUCACGAACAAUUCUAUCGCUGGAUUCGCGACAAUGUCGCCCAACACCCGGUAAUCUCGAUCGAUUUGAAUACCGAUAAAACACUGGCAGACUUCGACGAGAAAAAAAUCAUCGAAUUUUUGAACGAAAAAUUAUACGAGGGAUUCGUCAGAUAUAAAUGGAUCUUAGACGUGCCGGCUGAAACUCUGCAUAAGAUUAACCUCUUGCAACCGUAUCGAUUACUCGACGAGCACGUAGCUCUGAUCAAAAAGCUCAGCGAGAAAAAACUCGCCAACAAGUUCGAAAUCGGCGAAGCUUUCUACAGAUUCGCUCAUUUUCUGCAGAUCUACUUCCAAUCCGGAGUUCUGAUUUUAAUCGACGAUUACGACAGCGCUUUCGUCAAAUCAUCCAAGCCGACUAAGCAACAAAUCGAAUUCUUUUACACGUUCAUCAACGAUGUGAUCAAACACGUUGCUCAACCUCCUCAAAACGAAGUAACACGUAAUAUCUGGGUGGCCGGAACCACCAGCAUGUUGUACCCGGAGAUCGUUAAAGAUAUAGAAAAGGCCUACAUCACGUCUUGCCUGGAAGGUGAAUGGGUACUCGACUACUACGGAUAUAGCGAAACAGACGUCGCUGAAUUAGCCAGAAAAUACAAACUGACGUCAAAACAGACCCAAGACCUGAAAAAACACUACGGAGGGUACAUGCUGCAGAAUUACACCACCCUGUACAAUCCUUCUUCGGUGACCCAGUACCUUAAAAAUCUGGAGACAGAAAAGGAGAACGCUUUGAAACGUUAUUGGAAAAUAAACAAAGAUGACGAUUUCCUUCAUGGAUUCCGCGACGAUCAAGUUUUUCGUGAUAUUGUCCAAGAUAUCGUGAACGGUGGAACGACAGAGUAUGGUCUCAUGGGAGAGUUCAAUAUCUCCGAUACUAAAAGAUUCAUUAAUCUGAAUGAGAAAUACCAGUAUAAGAAAACCGAUUACAAUACGUUAAUUAAGUAUGUUUUUGAACAAGGCUACGUCAGCUAUAACGCCGUUUCCAAUGAGACCGCCAUGUUUUCAACCUUUGGAUACAGAGCUCCUAAUGCGGAGACUGCACGAGCUCUCAGUAAGAUAAUAUUGGAAUAAGGGAAUCGAAUCACUCGUCUGAAAUUAUACCCAGGGCCAGGCUUGAUUUUUCUGUCGAAUACUUCAUUUUUACUUUACUAAUCUAGGUACCUAUGUAUUAUUAUUCUUUUUUUUUUCAUAAUUCUGCAUUACCUACGCGACUACCUAUUUUGUUUUCAAAUUUCCUUGUUUUGAGUUGAAAAUCAUUCAACAUUCGUUUUGGAUGCAAGAAUGUCAUUAAUUUGUAAUACAAAAAAAUUAAUCGUAGGUACCUAUUAAGUAGUUGGAUACUCAUUUUUAUUGAUCGUUAUUUUUCCAUUUUCAAAGUAUUCUUUCAUUAUAAUUUUAUGGCUGUUUCUGGUAAUUUUCAAAAUAAAGUAGAGCUGGCAACGUA